AUGUAUUUCUAUUUCCGGGCUCUGACUUUCUCCUUCGCUCUCCUAAGUGCUGUUCAUGCGUUACCAACUGCUGUGGAAGAAGAUCUGUGUCCAAAGACCGAAUACGCAUGCUUCGAUGUUAUAAAUUCUAGCUUGUGUCUGUCCCAACAAGCUACUCCUGGAGCUGGUGGAACCGGUGAGACGAUGGCAAAAUGCGUGGAAUUUGAUGGAGCGGCGAGUAACUUAUCAGGAGGUGCAAAGGUUAGUCCCAUCAACCUGACAGAUAUGACUAGGACUGAUGGGCAUCAUCCUUUUAGUUAUGUCGCUGCACCGGUUGCCACGAAGCUUUCAUAA